ACGGCGCAGCCGAGGUUGGUUCGGACAGGCCGACUGGUCAAACAACCGGACAUGGCCACCAAGUGGACUGCAGGGGAUUCCCCAGUGCUGUGCCUAGAUGUCAGCCAUGAAGGUCUUGUGGCGUCAGGGGCUGAGAACGGAGGCUUUAAAGUCUGGAAUAUGCAGGGUUCCGCGAUUGGUCAUCUGAAUCUAGAGGGUGAUGAUGUGACUUGCAUAUCAUUCUCGCACACUUGUGAAAGUAUAGUCUAUGCAUCGCAUGGUGAAGCAAUAAGUGCACUAGAUAUCCGGUCACUUAAGGAGCCCAUUGAGCGCUUUCAUGUGAAUGAGGAUGAAAUAAAUUGCAUUUCAAUUAAUGAAACAGACAGUCAUCUUGCAGCUGCAGAUGAUUCUGGAUCAAUAAAAAUCAUAGACUUGGCUAGCAAGCAGGUCAUCCGCUGUCUUCAAAAACACUCAAAUAUUUGCUCUUGUGUAACGUUUCGACCUCAUUGGCCGCAGAGUUUGCUCUCCUGUGGACUAGAUAUGCAGGUGAUGCUGUGGAACUUGCAGAAAAUUCGUCCAGUCUGGACGGUGAACCUUCAAGAUCUUACACAAGAGGAAGAAGAUAAUCAGCAAACGGCUGGAUGUCAGCUUUUUAAUCCACCAUUGGCUCACUUCACUACAGUUGCCAGUUGCGGUAAUGUAUUUGCCUGUGGGGCUGAAGAUGGCAAAAUACGUUUAUUCAGAGCAAGAGGAACAAGGUUUGAAUUUGAACGUCAACUCUGCGGUCACAAUUUGGGUGUUUCUCAGGUUCAUUUUCUGAACUCUCUUUCGCAUCCUUACUGGUUGAUUUCUGGAGGGAAUGAUGCAAAAAUUCUGCUAUGGGACCUGAGUGAACAAAUCCUGACUGAUGACAAACGACCAUCAACAUCAUCUAGGCAAAAAUCAAAAGUGGGAUGCACUACGAAAAAAGCACGUGGGUGUAAAGGAACUGCCCAUAGUGCAAAAGACAACAACAAAAAUAAAAAUGAUUAUGUUUUGCCAAAGCUCAGUAUUGAUCAUGGAGACAAAGUGAAUUGGAUUUCUGGUGUGGAUAUAAAGGGUUCUAAAAGAAUAUUAAUUGCUGACCAGAGCUGUCAGAUAUCAAUGUACAAUCUAGGUGAUGUGUAGGUAUACAUUGGUGAAAGUAUUUAGAUGAAAGUGACAAUGGCUUGGUAAAGGAUAUGGAAAGAAACAAAUUGAUAGACUUUCCACUAAUUCUGAGGUAAAUAUGAGAGCCAUCUGCAUGUCUUGAUAGGAGCACAUAGAAUAUCAAAUGACUAAUGGGCUUGUCUCACUUAGGCGACUAGGCUAUCGCCACAUGGUCGCUGGGAUGACGCCUGUAUAGUCGUGAGUAAUCUCAGUCGCCCAAAGAGUUGUAGCGGUUUUCUGAUGGCCGCUGGAUAUUGAAAUGUUCAAAAAUUGUCGGCGACAGUGGGCUUGACACCAAUGAGCGUGGCUUGACUUCUACUGACAUUGGUGCUCUCGUAGGUUGUCGCCGGUGCUGACCAGUGAAUUCCAUUGGCGACUACUCACGUCAACCUACAUCAACCGGCAACUGAAUUGUCUUCAGUUGUUGCCGACAGGGUCGUAGCUUGUCGCAGGUGGACGUAGGUUGACUUCGGUUGUCGUAGGUGGACGUCCUAAUGGGUCGCCGGUUGUCAGUAGCUUGCCCUAACUUAAUGUCGACUAAGUGGUAGGUUGUUGUAGCUUGUCGUAGAGUGGGUGCAGUCGCCGGAUUUUCGGCGACCUACGACUAUGACAGUCGCCUAAAAAAUCGCCUAAGUGGGGCAGGCCCUUUAGAAUAAUCAAAUAAGCAACAGCUGCUGAACAUUAAAACGCUUAACAUUUUGUGAAAUUCCACACACAAAUCAUAUUCUGUACAGAUUUUCAUUGAGAAUCUAAACAGCAAACAAAGAGUUUGGCAGAAAAUUACCUGGUUGCUUUGAGUACACUGGGAGGAGGCUGCUGGGAUUUGGCAUAUCAGGAUUGACGUUGGAUCAUUAGUGUGAUUCCCUGGAGUGAAUUAAUUGAUGGCAAUUCUGAGAAACAUGCCCACUGGAAGUAUGAAUGUAAUUUUUACAGAUAAACAGCAAGUAGAUUUGCAAAGUUCCUAGACUACAGUAGGAUUCAUUAGUUUUGCUUUGAAUAUUGCUAGUAUUUGUGUUUUCAAGAUGUUUUUCAUAUAAUUGAUCCUGGAAAAUGUUUCAGAAGAUAUUUUUGAAAUUGAAUUUACAACAGCUGUGUGACUGAAAAGUCCUUUCUUGAUAAAUCACAUUUAAAAAUAAAAAAAAAUUCCUCAAUAAAUUGUUAUUGAUUGUCAUGGUGUUUUAAGUUUAAACAGGUUAUUAAUAAAGGCUGAUGUUGAAAUAAAA